UUCGACGGUAAUUUGGAACUGCAUCCGGGCGCAUUGGUAUAGCAGUGGCUGUGCUACAUAGUUUAUUGCACAAACAAACUGCUCGCGUACAUACUACGUUUCUUUCUGACGAUAAUGUCCCUCCUGGCACCAAUUAUAUGUGACAAUGGUACAGGCUACUCUAAAGUCGGGUUUGCUGGAAACUCCGAUCCAUCGUUCGUAUUUCCUACUGCAAUAGCCACCCGCGGACCUGCUGGACAAUCAUCGCGAGCACCAGCUGUACCCUCGAAACCUGGUCAUCUCGCAUCCAAGCGUGGUGUUGAGGACCUUGAUUUCUUCAUUGGCGAUGAAGCUCUUGCUAAUGCCAGGACACCGGGCUACGGGGUUCAUUAUCCUAUUCGUCACGGAAUGAUAGAUAAUUGGGAUCAUAUGGAACGAUACUGGGAACAGACGAUCUUCAAAUAUCUUAGGGCAGAGCCUGAGGAUCACUACUUCCUUCUCACCGAGCCUCCUCUAAAUCCACCUGAAAACAGAGAGCAAACCGCCGAAAUUUUCUUCGAAUCGUUCAACAUCAAAGGUCUCUAUAUUGCUGUUCAAGCUGUGCUUGCUCUUGCCGCAUCGUGGUCGUCCAACCGUGUUACUGAUCGUACGCUUACUGGGACAGUCAUCGACUCCGGUGACGGUGUAACACAUGUUAUCCCUUGCGCUGAGGGUUAUGUCAUCGGGAGUGCAAUCAAGCACAUCCCCAUUGCUGGUCGUGAUAUCACGAAGUUCGUUCUUGAUCUCAUGCGAGAGCGUGGAGAGACUGUAACUAUCCCUCCGGAAGAUCAAUUGCGAGUCGCUGGUAAAAUCAAAGAAAACUAUAGCUAUGUCUGCCAGGAUAUUGUGAAGGAGUUCCGUAAAUUUGAUACCGAGCCGUACAAGUACUUUGAACGAUACGAGGGCGAGCACAGCGUCACUGGGCGGAAAUACAGUAUUGACGUUGGAUAUGAACGAUUCCUUGCUCCUGAAAUUUUCUUCAAUCCCGAAAUUUACUCUUCUGACUUCCUUACACCUCUACCGGAAAUUGUCGAUGACGUCAUUCAGCAAUCACCUAUCGAUGUUCGUCGAGGCCUAUACAAGAACAUUGUUCUCUCUGGUGGAUCUACGAUGUUCCAACAUUUUGGUAACCGCCUCAAACGAGAUUUGAAGCAACUAGUCGAUCGUCGUCUGGAUGCCAGCGUCCUCGCCAGCGGCAGUGUUCUCAAGUCAACUGGUGUCGAAGUCGAUGUUAUUUCUCACAAACGACAAAGAUACGCUGUAUGGUUCGGUGGAUCUUUGCUGGCAUCACUCCCCGAGUUUUACACCUCGUGUCACACCAAAGCUCAGUACGACGAAAUUGGUCCUAGUAUCUGCAGACGUUAUCAGAUAUUUGGCAGUGCUACCUGAUCGUAAACGGACAUCAGCUGUGAAACUGAGAAAUUGUUAUAUAUUUAGGAGGAAACCAACAGGUGUACUUUUUAUAGUUCUGGAUAGGAUAGGAGUAGAAGAAAAUGCAAGGUUUCUGACCCCCUCACAGACAGCAAGCUCAACAUCAAUGCAUCAACACCGUUGAGUUUGGUUCAACAUGCAUAAUAUUAUUGAAUCUGCUGAGAUGUGCAUUCCACAAGCAACAGCUUGACUGACGCAGUCGGCGGUUUUUUCAGUUGAUAGAAAAAAAAACAAUUUUGAUAAAUUGAUUUAUUGUUGGCUUAGUGGCUGUGCA